GAUUCAUCAUGGAGUAUGGGUCAAGAGAACUUUGAGCAUGUCAGACACUUUCUGUACAGCUUGAUACAAUCUCUGCACCAGGUCGGAGGAGAAAGGUUUAAAUUUGCCCUUGUACAGUACAAUAGCAGGCCCCACACUGAGUUCCAGCUCAACAGCUACAAAACUGCACAGGGAGUCCUGGCACACAUCAAGGCUAUGUCUUACCGUGGUGGGGGCACGCGGACUGGCCUGGGUUUGGAUUUUCUGAUACAUACACAUUUGACCGCUGCUUCGGGCAGCCGUGCUGCUGACGGAGUCGCCCAGGUGGUGGUGGUGCUAACAGACGGCCGCUCGCAGGAUGAUGUUGCCGAGCCAGCUCAAGUGCUGCGGAUGGCAGGCGUGGAGAUGUUUGCAGUUGGAGUUCAGGAUGCAGUGGACUGGGAGCUCAGGGAGAUGGCUAGCCAGCCUCAAAGCACUCACGUUUUCAGUGUAGACACUUUCCCAGCCUUACAGAGUAUAAUUCAAGAUUUAGUUGUGGGACUUUGUGAUGCAGUGACCCAGUCAGGGGGGUUUCCUGUGGCAAAUGAGGCCCCUGUGGCUGGAGGAGGGACAGCACAAGACACAGCUGACCUAGUACUGUUAAUUGAUGGAUCACAGAACGUUGGAGCAGCAAACUUCCCGUAUGUGCGUGAAUUGGUUUUGAGAAUCAUUGAGCGCCUUGAUGUGGGCAGGGACACUGUUCGGGUGGCCUUGGUCCUGUACAACAGCAGCCCAGAUAUAAAGUUCUAUCUAAAUAGCUUUUACAGCAAAUCAUCAGUCCUGGAUGCUGUGAAAGGCCUCACCUACACAGGGGGCGAUGAGUCUAACCUGGGGGCUGCCUUGGAGGAAGUGGCCGAGAGACUUUUAAGUGAAACAUCUGGGAGCAGGGCUGACGAGGGUGUGCCCCAGAUGUUGGUGGUUAUCACUGCCGGGCCAUCCACUGAUGAUACUGGUGCUGGUGACCGAGCUCUUAAGAGGGCCAGUGUUAUCACAUUCGGCAUGGCGAUUGGCGAUACUGCCACUGCAGAUCUGGAAACAAUUGCUACAGAUAGAAGUUUUGUCCAGUCAGCAUCUGAUGUCAGAGAACUUACAAACAUUGGUGACCGACUGCUCCCACUCAUUAACGGGGUGAUCCAGCGCACUAUUAUAGUUCAGAAUGAGUUCACAGAAGUUAUUCAGUCGAAAACAGUUGGAAAUCGAGACAUCAUUUUCCUUAUUGACGGUACAAUGGGAACAGCAUACAUUAACUCUGUGCGGGCUUUCAUCAGAGAGUUUGUGGAAAGCAUGCCAAUCGGUCCAGAUCAAGUUCAAGUGGGUAUUGCACAGUUUUCUGCUUCCCCGAAAGCUGAGAUGGAUCUCAACACCCAUGGGAGCAAGGAGAAUAUCAUUUCUGCUUUGGGAACUAUCAGACCAAGACCAGGACAGGUGGUCAACAUUGGAGCAGCCUUGAACUUUGUCCGGGAAAGAAUGUUGCAGCCAGAGAAGGGCAGCCGUAUUCAGCAGGGUGUACUCCAGCUUGUAGUGUUGUUAACCAGCAAAAGAUCCAGUGAUAGCGUGGAAGAACCUGCGAAUGCCCUGAGGGAACUAGGUGUGUUGACCCUGGCUGCAGGCGCCAGGGCAGCUAAUGAGCAGGAGCUGAAGCAAAUCGCCCUUGGUGACGAUGCUGUGUUCUACGAGAAGGAUUUGCGAACACUGAUUCGAAAGAACAAAGAGAAAAUGAUAAGUGCUCUUUCUACUUUAGCUGGAGGAGUACCCACCACAACAGUGACGGAGGAAACCAUAGUGGAGACCACAAAAAUGGUCAGAGACAUUGUCUUUCUUGUGGAUGGCUCAAACUAUGUUGGCAGCAGUAAUUUGCCCUAUGUGAGAGACUUCAUGAUCAAUACGAUCAACCAACUUGAUGUAAGUCCCGACAGGGUCCAGAUUGGUCUCCUGCAGUUUGCUGACCGUCCAAAAAUAGAAUUUUACCUGACCAACUACAGGACCAAGGAAGAGGUUGUAGAAAAAAUCUCUCAACUCAGGCUGACUGGAGGCUCAGCUUUGAAUACAGGAGCUGCCAUGAAUUAUACCCUGGACAACAUGUUUCACUCAUCAAGGGGGUCACGCAGAAGGCAAGGAGUCCAGCAGGUGUUGGUUCUGAUCACAGGUGGUCCACCUCAAGAUGAGGUUAAAUCUGUGGCUGAUAAGUUGGCUCUGGCUGGUGUUUUGACUUUCACAGUCAGUUCUGGACAAGCAAAUGAGGCCCUACUGCAGGAUGUUGCCUUUGUUCCAGAUUUGGCUUUCCAUGCAUCAAGCUUCUCUGGUUUACCAGGCCUUGCUGAACAAAUCAUGCCAGGGUUGGUAACAGUGGUUGGUAAUACCGACGUGACAGUAUUCCAAGAGGAAACUGUUGUUGGAGCUGAAAGAGAUGUUGCUUUCCUCAUUGAUGGCACAGAUAGAGUUCGAGCAGAUUUUGCCUACAUAAAGGAUUUUAUCAUUAAAGUAAUUGAACCACUUGACAUUGGAGAUGACAAGGUACGAAUUUCAGUGGUUCAACACAGUGAAAGGCCAGCUGCAAGUUUUUUCCUUAACACUUAUAAAACCAAAGAUGAAGUGAUAAGAGCUGUCCAAGGACUCAGAGUGAAUGGUGGACGUAGUUUAAACACAGGAUCUGCUCUGAGAUUCAUGAAAGACACCAUCCUGUCUGGCAGUAAUGGUGGUCGUGCUUCACAAAAUGUCCCUCAGUUUCUGAUUGUUUUGACUGGAGACCGAUCUACGGAUAAUGUAAAGGAACCCGCUGGAGCACUGAAGACAGAUGGAGUUGUACCGUUUGGUGUUGGUGUCAAGGAUGCAGACCCAAAGCAGAUUGAGGCCAUCUCGCACAACCCUUCUUUUGCCUUCAACGUUAAGGAAUUCAGUGAGCUCAGCACCAUACCGCAAAGACUCAAUAAUUAUGUGAGCCUACCAAGGGAAGAGUUAGAGGUCGUCCUACAGCAUGCUGCAUCGCAGGGCCCCAAGAAGGAUGUCGUGUUCCUCGUUGAUGGAUCUGAUGGCGUUGGAAGGGAAUUUCCAAUCAUCCAGGAGUUUAUCCGCAGGGUUGUUGAGAGUCUCAAUGUGGGCGAAAAUAAAAUCCGUGUUGGUGUGGUCCAGUAUGGUGACACUGCUCAGGCUGAUAUGUAUUUAAACACACAUACAACCAAAGAAGGUGUUUUGAAUGGCAUCAAGGGAAUGAGAAAGCUAGGUGGAAGACAACGUAACCUGGGUCAGGCCUUACAGUUUCUCAAUCAGGAUAUUCUGACAGCAGCACAGGGUAGCAGAAAGCAGGAUGGUGUUCCACAGUUUGUGAUUGUUGUGUCCAGUGGCCCUUCUACAGAUGACGUCCGUCGUGCAGCUUCUUCUCUUAAACAAUCUAGAGUUCUUCCAUUCAGCAUUGGGACCAGGGAUGUGAACCCCACAGAGCUGAGGGUGGUGUCAUAUGUGUCCAAUUACGCCUACGUAAUAGAUGACCUCCCUGGCCUGUACACAGUUCAAGAAGAAUUAAUCAACAAACUCACUGAGCUGUCAGAUGAUGACAUCAACAGGUUGCGUCCAGAGUUCCCAGCUUAUGAAGCACCAGAACCAUCUGUACCCACAGGAGGAGAAAAAAGGGAUGUUGUAUUUCUUAUUGAUGGCACAACAGCAGUGCGUAGUGAAUUCCCUUCCAUCCGUGAUAUGAUAGGAAGAGUAGUGGAGAAGCUGGAUGUAGGACUUGAUAAGGUCCGAGUUUCAGUGGUGCAGUACAGCGAUGAUCCAAAGAUAGAAUUUCCACUGAAUGCACACUCAACAAAAACUGAAGUGCUCCAGGCCUUGUCGAGACUUCGAAACAAAGGUGGGAAUAAUCUAAACACAGGACGCGCUCUUGAGUUUGUUGCCAGAAGAAUCUACCAGAGGUCAGGAGGAAGCCGUCUUGAGGAAGGUGUGCCUCAAUUCCUCAUUCUAGUUACGGCUGGCAAAUCUACUGAUGAUGUAUCCAGCUCAGCCAAUGAACUCAAGAGAAGCCGGAUAGCACCUCUGGCCAUUGGUUCAAGAAAUGCAGACCAAAAUGAACUGAGACAGAUUUCCAUGAAGCCAGAACUUGUGUAUACAGUUGACAGCUUGAGAGACUUUUCAAGGGUGGAAAAACAGCUUAUUGAUUCAGUCAAAAAAAUAUCCGCCGAUGAGAUCAAUGAAACUUAUACUCGUGUCCCAGAAGUCAUUCUAGAUCUUGGGAAAAAGGACAUUAUUUUCCUAAUUGAUGGCUCAGAUAAUACAGAUUCCGAAGGGAUUGCUCACAUCCGUGACUUCAUUCUCAAAAUCGUUGAACAACUUGAUGUGCAGCCUAAUAAAAUUCGUGUAGCUCUUGUCCAGUAUGCAGACAAAAUUAAAACAGAAUUUUCCCUCAGUUCACACAACAACAAGGCAGCUGUUGUCUCUGCUAUCAGAAGACUCCGUCAGAUGGGUGGACGAUCGUCAGACCUGGCUGAUGCUAUUGAUCACGUUCUGCGUGUUGAGUUGACCUCCUUUUCUGGUGCUCGACCAACUGAGGCCUCCCAGCAUCUUGUGGUUCUCACAGGUGGACGUUCACCCCAAGAUGUUUCCCUCUAUGGAACUUUGCUCAAGAACUCCCGAGUUAACUGCAUUGGAAUUGGUGCUGAUCGUGCUGACAAAAGCCAGCUGAUGAGUAUUUCCAAGACCCAAGAUGAUGUCAUUCAGGUUUCGAGGUUCUCAAACCUGCCAACAAUAAAAGAGAAGUUUAUUAACAGGUUGAGAGAGGUCAUCGAUACACCACAAGUUGACACUCCAACACCAGGACUGCCUCCAUCUAAAAAGGCUGAUAUAGUGUUUUUGGUGGAUGGCUCCAUUAAUGUGGGCAGAGAGAAUUUCAAAGAAAUCAUGAUUUUUAUCAACAACCUACUUGAUAUGUUCUUCACCGAGAGAGAUGACCUGCAGAUUGGCUUGGCACAUUAUGCUGAAGAUGUGAAUGAUGGCUUUUACCUCAACACAUACAGUAACAGGGAUGACAUCCUAAAUGCUAUUGGUCAAAUAGAAUACAAAGGUGGACGCAGACUGAACACUGGUGCAGCCCUUCGCACUAUUCAAGAUGUUUACUUUUCUAAAGAAAGAGGCAGCAGGGCUGAUGAGGGCACUCCUCAAAUUCUUAUAACUGUCACUGGAGGAAACUCAGCUGAUGACAGUAAAUCAGCAGUGCUUGGCUUGAAGAAUAAAGGUGUGAGAGUCUUUGCAGUGGGAUUGGGCAACAUUCAGAAUGAGUUGGAAAACCUGGCAAGUGAACCUUCCAUGGUGGCUCGAGCAAGUGCCGUUGUGGAACUCUCAGAACUCAAUGAAGAAAUCCUGGGAACUCUGGAUGAUGAAGUAAAAGGGAAGCUAUGUGUCGGUGCGAAAGAACCUCCUAAAACUUCCAAUAUAGAAGUGUUGGUCGGUUUUGAUGUGUCCGCCCAGAAUAUUUUCAGUGCUCAGACCAACCUCCAGAGCAAGAUGGAGGCUAUUUUGCAGAGGAUUUCCAAAAUGGCAUCCAUCAGCUGCUCAGCUGGGCAGAUUCCAUCUGUACAAGUGGGCAUGCUGGCCAUGGAUUCUGCUUCUGAGCCAGUCCAGCUGGACUUCACGGAAAAUCCAGAUGAGUUAUUUGAGGCUUUCAGAGCCUUGCGGAGUCGUGGCCCCUUUGUUCUCAAUGGCAAGACCAUAUCAGCUUACACCAACAGAUUCAAAAUCAGACAGGACGACACUGUCAAGGUUGUUAUUCAUCUGACUGAUGGUAUUGAUGCUCCAUAUGCUGAAAUGAAAAGGCGAGUUGAGGAGCUUCGGCUGUCAGGAGUGAACAGUUUCAUUCUGGUUGGGUUGGAGGGGGCAUCUGAUUUUGAGGAGGCGUCGCUAUUAGAAUUUGGUCGUGGCUUCAGGUACACAAGACCCUUAAGACUGAAUAUCAUGGACCUGGACUAUGAGCUUCAAGAAGAACUGGACAAUGUUGCAGAAAGAGAGAUCUGUGGAGUGCCAUGCAAAUGUACUGGGAACAGAGGAGACAGAGGAGGAGUUGGACAGGCAGGAUCCAAGGGUGGUCCAGGAUUACCAGGAAGUCAAGGGCAUCCUGGAGAUGAAGGUGGACCUGGAGAACGGGGUCCUCCUGGUGUGAAUGGAACUCAGGGUUUCCAAGGAUGCCCUGGCCAGAGAGGUGUCAAGGGGUCUCGUGGAUACUCAGGAGAAAAGGGUGAAGCUGGAGAACUUGGUCUAGAUGGCAUCAAUGGAGAAGAGGGCAAAAGUGGUGUGGCUGGGCCCCCUGGAGAAAGAGGGAACCCUGGCAGAAGAGGUCCCAAAGGUGCCAAAGGACAAGCAGGAGACAUAGGACAACAGGGAAUCAGAGGAGACCCCGGAACAACUGGCCAAGAUAAUAACCAGGCAGGACCCAAAGGAGACCCUGGUGAUGCUGGAGCAGCGGGAGAGCCUGGUCAGGAUGGAAGGAGGGGAGGCCCUGGUGAACCUGGAAGAAGGGGACCUAAUGGCAGAAGAGGUUCACUUGGACCAGCUGGAAAUGUUGGAGGCCCCGGAGCUCCUGGUGUGCAGGGAGAGUCUGGUAUUGAUGGACCAAGGGGUCCGCCUGGACCAAAUGGUGCACCAGGAGCAAGAGGAGAAGAUGGAAAUCCUGGACCUAGAGGUCCUGGAGGUACUCCAGGUCCUAGUGGAGAAAAAGGUAGAAGAGGACCUCUUGGUCGCAAGGGAGAGCCAGGAGAACCAGGACCUAAAGGUGAUGUUGGACCAUCUGGCCCCAUUGGAGAGCCUGGUGAAGACGGUAGAGAUGGUUUUGGUGUUCAAGGGCCUAAAGGAAGAAAGGGAGAUGAAGGAUUCCCAGGAUUCCCAGGUCCCAAGGGAGCAGCUGGAGAGCCUGGCACCCCGGGUGGACCUGGAUCCAGAGGAAAUCGUGGACAGAGGGGAGUCUCUGGGAAUAUUGGUACACCGGGACAAAAGGGAGAAGUUGGAUAUCCUGGGCCAUAUGGCAUCAAAGGACCACGAGGACGAGGGGCUGUGCAAUGUGAACUUGUCACAAAGAUCAGAGACAACUGUCCUUGCUGCUUUGGUAAGCAGGAAUGCCCGCUCUACCCCACUGAGCUGGCUUUUGCCCUCGACAUCUCACAAGGUCUUGGCCGUCCAGUCUUCAACAACAUGCGUGACACAGUCCUAAACAUAGUCAGAAAAAUUACAAUCGCUGAAAGUAACUGUCCAAGAGGAGCUCGUGUUGCGUUGACCCUGUAUAACAACGAAGUCACCACUGAGGUCCGGUUUGCUGAUGCCAUGAAGAAACGUGCCCUGGUGGAACGCAUCGAAGGACUUCAGAUCCCACAGACAAGAAAGCCUCGCAGCUUGGAAACAGCCAUGAACUUUGUGGCCCAGAACACGUUCAAAAGGACACGCAGUGGCUUCCUCAUGAGGAAGGUGGCCAUCUUCUUUGUAGGUGAUCAAGUUGGUCGGUCACAAGCAAUUACAAGUGCAGCCCUCCGCCUUCACAAUGCUGGAAUUGCCACUUUGCUGCUGGUCAGACAGGAGGACAGAGCACUCUCCAGAGCGGUCCAGGCCAACAACACAGCACUGGCCCAGGUCAUUGUCCUUCCCAACGCUAAUAGUCCACAGUACAAUUCAGUCAUCCAAAAGGUUAUGAACUGCCAUGUCUGCCUUGAUUUCUGCUCUCCAGACCAAAUCUGUGACUACAUUCCCCCAACGGCUGGCCGAGAUAGGAGAUCCUUUACCUCAGAUGUUGACAUUGACAUUGCUUUUGUCAUGGACAGCUCUAAGUCUACCUACCCAUCUUUCUUUGCUGAGAUUAAACACUACAUAGCUUACAUGGUAGAGCAUCUUCAUGUGUCUUCGAAUCCCACAUCAUCUGUUAACCAUGCCAGAGUGUCUGUGAUUCAGCAAGCACCUUAUGAGUUCCUGAAUAACAAAUCUGGGUCCCCCAUUCAUAUUGACAUCGGCUUGACUGAACACACCUCAGCACGAGAUAUCAUCAAAUUCCUGGUAGAAAAGACACCCCAGCUGGAAGGUGGCUGGGCACUCCCAGAGGCAAUUGAAAGGACGGUGGAUCAAGUGUUUGAGAAGGCACCUGUACAACGUGACAAGAAGGUACUCAUACUGUUUGUGACAGGAAGUGUGGAACAAGACCAGGUGCAGCUGAUACGCAUUGCCACUGAGGUCAAGUGCAGAGGCUACUUCCUCGUCAUCUUUGGUGUAGGUGAAACACUGAGUGCUAAGGAUACAAGUGUCUUGUCAAACAUGGCCAGUGAACCUUCAGAUGUCUUCUUCAAGCAGCUGAAGAGUAGCUCAGACUUUUAUGACAGACAUAUCCAGACCUUUGGCCAGCUACUGCCCAAGUAUAUCAGCAUUGAAAAUGCUUUCUACAUGUCCCCUGAAGUCUCCAAAAACUGCAAGUGGUUUCAGAAUGACCAGCCACUAAAAAACCCCUUCACACCAUCACAGGAAGUGGAGAAACAUCAAAAACAUCAUGAAAAUCACCAAGCAGUUCAUGAAAGAAAGCACAAGGAUGCAGAGGAGCUGCACGUCUCUAAUGUCACCUCUAGCAGCUUGAAAUUGCAUUGGAGCAGGCCAGAUGCCAAGCUCUUUGUUUACUUUGAGGUUGUUGUGAUGAGGCUCCAUGACCAUGCACUGGUGCUAAAGACCAAUGUGUCGGGUACAGAGCUUGCUGUGGACUACUUGGAAAGUGCUCAAACGUAUCAUGCUGUAGUCACAGCCUACACGGCAGAGGGCCGAAUUGUCUCUACUCUCAAAGGCGUCAUUACUACAAAAGCAGCUGAGCAUAAGCCUGCCAGCCACAACACAAGUACUCCAAAUACUGCACCCCUGGACAAACCAGAAACUGUUAAUGAAUUGGCAGGCCCAUGCUCGCUUGACUAUGACCCUGGAAUGCCCUGCAAAGACUAUGAGGCUAAGUGGUUCUUUGACAGAAAGAACGGGUUCUGUGCACAGUUCUGGUAUGGAGGUUGUGGAGGGAAUGAAAAUAGGUUCGACAGUGAGGCUCUCUGCUUGAAAAACUGCAUGGGGUCAGUGGCAGAGCCUCAGCCAAAGGUGAAGCAAGUUGAACAGGUGGAGGUCCUCCCAGAUCCUGCUGCUUCUACAGGCGUGGACAUUUGCCAGCUUCCCCAAGAGGAAGGUACUUGUGCCAAAUUUGUUCUCAAGUGGCAUUACGAUGCUGCCAGCAAGAGCUGCAUGCGCUUCUGGUACGGUGGCUGCGGUGGAAACCAGAAUCGCUUCGACACUUAUGAGCAGUGUGUGAAGGCUUGUGGAAAAACAGCACCAGUGAACCAAAGAGUCAUUGCUACAAUAAAAACAUAGGACGAAAGUGACAGACAUGGCCAGCUCUUACCUCCAUUUAAGGGAUUCUGAGGAGAACCAUCCAAAAUGGCCAUAAAGCAAUGGUGGCUGCACUGGAUUCCACAAACAUGGACUUUAUCCCCCAAACUCUUGAAGUAGUCUUUUUCACAACAAGAAGGAAGCAACAAAAUUUGCUGCAUGAUUUGUUUUAACCUACUGGUGCUACAUGAUAUUUUUGUUUUACAGAAGGAGUUAUUAAGUGCAUUCGGUUUUGUAAAAUUAAGUUCUCUCGAACGAUCACAGUUUUCAUAUUUUUUAAAAUGCAGUUUUAUGAUUAAACAAGAAACAUGUAUGAAUAUCUUGGACAAAGAUUAGCAAUGACUCAGUACAUGAAGGAUUUUAAAGCAGUAAUCUUUUUUAUAUUGUGGUUAAGUCUUCUUUUUACAUUCCAGAUUCACAUAGCAACAUUGGUUUUUUUUUUAAACUCACUUCAUCCCUGUGGAUUAUUUCACUAUUUCACUGUCACCAAAUCCACAGCAAUGUUUACACGAGUCUAGUGUGGCAGCGUGUGUGUAUGUAAAGACAGCGACCAACUGCUGGGAUGCCAACAUUAAUGUAAUGUUUAGUGCACUUCUGGAUCCGUUGCCUCAAACACAAGAUUUCCAGCUAUUGAGAAACAGAAUGUACUUUUCAAGCUGUUUUUAUUUUUUGUUUCAUUUUGGAUUUACAGAAAGUUUUGUUCCAUGUGGGAAACGGCGAAAUAAAAAUGAAUUAGACUUUCUAAUAAACAUGAGCAACUGA